AUGGCUACAUCUAGGGGCCUCACUGUGUCGUUUGGAGCAUGGGUAGACUUUUUAAAACAAGGCUUCCUCUCCAACUACAGUGAAUCAGCUAUAUCUUGGAUCGGCACUGUCCAGGGAUUCCUCAUGGUCUUCGUUGGCGUCGCUAUAGGCCCCGUCUUUGACCUCGGAUACGUACGCCUACUGAUCGUAGCCGGCAUGUUACUGAACGUGCUGGGAUUUAUACUGACAGGCUUUGCCCAACAUUAUUACUCGACAUUCCUCUCUCUGGGUGUACUCGUUGGUCUUGGCGGCGCAUGUCUUUUCACUCCAGGCGUGGCGAUUGUUGCUCAGUAUUUCACCACCAAACGGUCCACCGCAACUGGCAUUGCAUCGGCUGGAGGCAGCGUAGGAGGCUUGCUUUUGCCUAUUGCAUUCCGUAGGAUCACCACUAGCAUUGGAUACGGCUGGGCGAAUCGAAUCUUCGGACUCACCAUCCUCACCGUUUUACUUAUAUCCCUCGCUAUCAUGAAGCCCCGGACACUUCCAUCUACCCGACGCAAGCUUUUCGAUUUAAAGGCCAUCAUGGAGCCCGCCUAUCUACUUUUUUGCCUUGGUUUAUUCGCAGUCUGGACCGGAAUGUAUUUGCCUUUUUUCUAUAUUCCCCUUUACGCACGCAAAGCCCUACACGUUUCUGAAGAUCUCGCUUCUUAUAUGCUGGCUUUUAUGGGCGCUGGAUCAGUAUUCGGGCGUAUUAUCACGAAUGUUCUCGCCGACAAAAUUGGAGCCAUACAAUCUUUCCUUCCUGUCACCUUCAUUCUAGGCUCUCUUGCAUUUGUCUGGAUUGGAAUCAAGGAUACAGCUGGAACCAUUGUAUUCUGCGUGUUGUAUGGAUUCUUUUCAGGAGCGUCUAUCUCAUUGACACCGGUAAUGCUUACCGCGGUUUCGCCAGACCUUAGUGUAGUUGGCACGCGCAUGGGAAUGGCCUUCAGCUUUGCAAGUUUUGGAUUACUGAUUGGUAGCCCUAUUGGUGGAGUUCUGAUUGGAACCGAAGCUGGGUAUACUGCUGUUCAGGUAUUCAGUGGUGCCACAAUCUUGAUCGGACUAGUUUUACACUCUCUUUCAGGCUUCUUAACAGCAAGGAAAGGUCACCUCAAGACUUAG